AUGUCGAGAUUUAAUAGUAAUGCUUUCAUCCACAUAUCAUUAGCUCAAUCACAGUUUGGACCGAACCAAGGUGCACUAGGCAUCUAAUAAUCAUUCUAAUAGAAAAAUUAGCAUGAGAUUGUUAAUAAAACUAAAAAUCUUCAGGAGAUGAAAACGGAGCUCGAGAGAGAGAAAGAAAACAGUACUAUGUAUUAGAGAUUACUUGAAAAGGCUCUAAGAGAAAUUUAAUAAUAUAUUAACAGAUUUGGAUCAUACACCAGCACAGAUGAUGAUGAAAAUGAAUCAAAAUAAGAAGCAUCCCAUCUAAGAACAGAGUUUACUUGGAAAAAAUUACAACCUUUAUUAGAUGGCUACGAUGAGUAAAUAGCUGAAUAAAAGCAUAUUAUUGAAAUAUACAAAUAAGAUAUCAGUUAAUUAGAACAAUUAUCAAAGCAAUUUGUUGAAGAAAAUUAGUCACUUAGGGAAUAAUUGGAAAAAAAAUGUGAAAUUAUUUUAAAUAUAUUUUAAAAUGGAACAAUAUAAGACUAGAUGGCUAAUUUAUACAAACGCUUACAGAAAGAUGAUUGGGCUGAGAAAGUGAAAGAUUUGACAUAAGAAAACCAUACAUUAUUGAAGAAUUACAAAGAAGUUCUUGGAAAAGUUAAAGAAUUGUAAAGAGAUUGUGAUUUGUAUAAAAAACAAUUAAAGGAGCAUCAAUUAAAAAAUGAAAAAUUAUCAAUUGAAAUUAGCGAGAUUAGGGAUUUGAGAUAAGAAUAUUAAAGAAAAUAUGAAGAUUUGUUAAGUUCAAAUAAGGAUGCAGAUAGUAAGAUAAGGGAGGUGAAAAAUAAAAAUGUGAAAUUUGAAUAGGAUAAUAUGAAAUUAAUAUUAUAAUAUGACGAAUUAGAGAAAAGAUAUUAGGCUUUAGUAAAUGAUUCAGAGAGUUAGAAGAAGGAUUAUGAAUUUGAAGCAGAAAAUUUAAAAUAAGAAAUUUCUGAUAAGUCAAGAAAGAUUAAGGAAUUGUAAGCAGAAAAUAUUUCAAUAAACAAAGAGAGAGAUUAAUUUUCUUUUGAUACUAAAAACUUUUAAUAAAGACUUCAUGAAGAAGAAAAUGAAAGCAAAUCAAAAUAAUUGUUAAUAGAUGAUCUCAAAAGAAAAAUUGACCUUUAGUAAAAACGAGAAAAUGAACAUAUCAAAUUAUCCCAGCAAAGAGCUGACAAAGAAGGCAAACUUAUUCAAGAAAUAGAUAAUCUAAAUUCUAUAAAUAGAUAGUAAUAAUAAUAAAUUGAUCAAAUGGCUGAAUCACAUAAAACUCAAGUUGAAUCUUUGAAAAAAGAUAAAGACAAUGUAAUAGAAACCUUAAGGAUUAAGCAUAAAUAACUGAUCGAUAAUCUAGAGAGUAAAAUUGAAGAGUUGGAAUAAAGUUCAAAUCAAAAAGAAUAAAUGAAUGAAAAAUUAUAGAAAGAAAAUCAUAGAUUAAAAUAAGAGAAGGAAGAUUAUGAAUAAAAUAACAAGGUUGAAAAAUAUAGAUUGGAACAUGAGAACAGCAAUUUGAAAUAGAAGAAUUAGGAAUUAGAAGAAUCUAUUGUUAGAAGAGAACAACAUUAUGAAGAUAAAAUACAAGGUUUGAGAAUGGAUAAGGAAUAACUAGAGUUACAAAAUAAAAACAUUAAUUAAUUGACGAAUGAAUUAAAACAAUAAAAUGAAUAAUUAAGAAAGAAGGCAAACCUGAUUGAAGUUGAAAAUUAUGAAUUGAAAGAGAAAGUGAAUUAAUAAGGGCGUUCAAUAGUUUAAGGGACGAAUUCUAAAAUUAUGAGAUCCUAUGUUCCUACAUGA